AUGUGUGCGAAAAAACUUAAUGCAUAUUUUGAUCCAUCGAAUUUCUUUUUCGGACAAUCGCGUAAACGCGCUGCAGCGAAAUACGAUACUGAUGAUGGAACUAACGAAGAAUCAGGUUAUUACAGUUCAACGUACGCAUCGGGUAAUGAUGCAAGUGAUGCACCUCUUCGUUUUAUUAUUAUCCGUCAUGGAGAACGUGUUGACGUUAUGUUUGGUGCCGGUUGGACACAACGUGCUUUCGAUGCAAGCGGUCGCUAUCACGCGUUCGAUCCAAAUAUGCCACCGUCGUUGCCACAUCGAACGAAUUGGUUAGACUAUGACGUUGAUACACCAUUGACUGCGAAAGGUUUAUCUCAAUCAUGGAAUGUGGGCAGUGUUCUUCAUAGAUACAAUUUACCGGUAACAGCUUGUUAUUCUUCACCAGCUUUUCGUAGUAUUCAAACAGCCGAUCGCAUACUGGAAGGCAUGGGUCGAAAAGGUAAAGAAAAGUUCUC